AAAUUGAAACUUUUGCAAUUGACAAAGUCAAGAUAUUAAAUUGGAUGAAGUUUCAUGAAAUUGUUAUUCAAUAAUAGAGCCAAAUAUUACAUAUUAUGAAUGGACAGAAAAUGAAGUUUGUGGAUGAUAAUGAAGAACGCCUCAGUACAUGAUCAUGUUAUGUAUGAAGCUCUGACACGGCAUCAGAGUGCGGGUCGCCGCACCUGAUACGUGUCAAGUUUUUAAGUGUCAACCAAAAAAAUUGAAACGCAUGCCGCUGCAGUGCUUCUGUGUUUGUUGUCUCCGCCGCUGCGUCCAUUGCUUUAGUAUAAGAACCACCUAGUAUGUGUCUAACAUUUCAUCAAAUUUUUCAGUUUCAGUUUGAUGCAAUGGUCUUUGUCUGUUCUCUUGUUUUGUUAAUACUAUUUAUUUUUAUUUAUUCAUUGUUCUCUUUCACAUAUAUUACAUCUUUUCGUUUAAUUCAGCCAAAGUGUCAUGAAGAUGAAAGCCAUGCCUUGUUGCAAUUUAUGGAAGGCUUUCACAUCAAUAAUUCUGCCUCUUUGAAUCCUCUCAGUUAUCCUAAAACAACAUCUUGGAAUUCCAGCACUGAUUGCUGCUCAUGGGAUGGCAUAAAAUGUGAUGAGCAUACAAAUCAAGUGAUUCAAAUUGAUCUUAGUAGCAGCCAACUCUAUGGUACAAUGGAUGCAAACAGCAGUCUCUUCCGCCUUUUACACCUUCGAGUUCUUGAUCUUUCGGAUAAUGACUUCAAUUACUCUCAAAUUCCGCCCAAGAUAGGCGAACUUUCACAACUAAGAUAUCUGAACCUUUCUCUUAGCAUAUUUUCAGGAGAAAUUCCACCACAAGUUUCAAAGUUGUCUAAGUUGUUGUCUCUUGAUCUAAGCUUCAGAGCUAUAUCAAGUGCUAAAGGUAGUUCAGACAAUCUGUUGCAACUCAAAUCGUCCAGUCUCAAAAGCAUAAUUCAAAACUCAACUAAACUUGAGAUGUUGCUACUUAAUUAUGUGACUAUUUCAUCUAUUUUACCAAUCACACUCACAAAUCUAACUUCAUUGAAAACACUAUCUCUUUAUAAUUCUGAAUUGUACGGUGAAUUUCCAGUUGGAGUAUUUCAUCUUCCAAACUUGAAAGUUUUGGAUUUGAGAUAUAAUCCAAAUCUCAAAGGUAGGCUGCCUGAGUUUCAGUCUAGCUCACUCACCAAGUUAGCACUUGAUCAGACAGGUUUCUAUGGUACACUGCCAAUAUCCAUUGGAAACCUCAGUUCUUUAGAAACCCUAUCCAUUCCAAAUUGCCAUUUUUUUGGGUACAUUCCUUCUUCAAUUGGCAACCUCACACAACUCAUGCAGAUAAAUCUUCGAUACAAUAAAUUUAAGGGCGACCCUUCUGCAUCCCUAGCAAAUCUUAUCAAACUCAGCCACUUGAUUGUUGGUCACAAUGACUUUACUAUUGAGACCAUCUCAUGGAUAGGUAAGCUCUCAACAAUAAUAGGAUUGGAUAUAUCCUCGAUAAAUAUUGUUAGUGAUAUCACAUCAUCUGUUUCAAAUCUCACCCAGCUUGAAUUAUUUGAUGCAUCUAAUAGCAAUAUAAAGGGUGAAAUUUCAUCUUGGAUAAUGAACCUAACAAGUUUAGUUGUCUUGAACCUACCCUCUAAUUCUUUGCAUGGAAAACUAGACCUUGGCACAUUUUUGAAGCUCAAAAAGCUAAUUUUUCUCAAUUUAUCAUACAACAAACUGUCAUUGUAUAGUGGGAAAAGUUCUUCAAAUAUUACCGAUUCUCGAAUUCAUGUUUUACAAUUGGUUUCAUGCAAUUUAGAUGAGAUUCCAACAUUUAUAAGAAAUCUCGGUGAUCUGGAAUUUCUUAUGUUGUCAAGCAACAAUAUAACAUCGCUACCCAAUUGGUUGUGGAGAAAAGAAAGUCUACAAAUCUUAAUUGCUUCCAACAGUUCGUUGACAGGAAAAAUAUCUCCAUCCAUAUGCAAUCUCAAAUCACUAGUGCAUCUUGAAUUGUCGUUCAACAAAUUACGCGGAAAUGUUCCCUCAUGUCUAGGGAACUUUAGCCAAUCUUUAGAAAAUCUGGUGCUUAAAGGGAACAAAUUGUCUGGCCUUAUUCCUCAAACAUACAUGAUAGGAAAUUCCAUUAAGAUGAUUGAUCUUAGCAACAACAAUCUUCAGGGUAAGUUACCAAGGACAUUGGUCAACAGCAUAAGACUAGAAUACUUUGAUGUUAGCCAUAACAAUAUCAAUGAUUCAUUUCCAUUCUGGCUAGGAGACUUACCUGAGUUAAAGGUAUUGGCAUUGAGUAACAAUGGUUUUCAUGGAGACAUUAGGUGUUCUGACAACAUGACAUGCAAAUUUCCCAUGCUUCACAUCAUUGACCUUUCUCACAAUGAGUUCUCUGGAAGUUUUCCAUCAGAAAUGAUUCAAAGUUGGAAUGCAAUGAAAACUUCCAAUACCACCCAAUUACAGUACGAGAAAAUGUUAGUUUACUUGAUGCCCUAUGAGCCAGGAGAAUAUUGGACAGUAGAUAAGUUUUAUUCGUUCGCGUUGUCAAACAAAGGGUUGGUCAUGGUUUAUGAGAAUCUACAAAAUUUUUACAGCUUGAUAGCCAUUGAUAUUUCAAGCAACAAAAUCAGUGGGGAGAUCCCAAGAGUUAUAGGAGACUUAAAGGGUCUUGUUUUGCUCAACUUGUCAAAUAACUUCCUUAUUGGAAGCAUUCCGUCUUCCUUAGGGAAGCUUUCAAAGCUCGAAGCAUUGGACCUUUCUCUCAACAGUCUUUCAGGGAAGCUUCCCCAAGAGUUAACACAACUUACCUUUUUGGAGUUCUUUAAUGUUUCUUUCAACAAUCUGUCAGGUCCUAUACCUCAGAAUAAGCAGUUUGCAACAUUCCAAGGUACUUCAUUUGAGGGUAACCAUGGCCUGUGCGGGGAUCAAUUAUCGAAGAAGUGUAUAGAUCACGCAGGACCUUCUUUUUAUCCACCUGCCACUGAUGGUUACCAUGAUGAAUCAGAUUCUUUGUUUGAAUUUGACUGGAAAGUAAUUUUGAUUGGGUAUGUUGGUGGUCUUGUUGCUGGAGUGGCGUUGGGAAGCACUUUCAGCUCACAGGUACUUGGAUGGUUUAAAAAGUUCUUUUGAGUUGAAAGAAAAAGACAUAUCUUUUUUUUUUUUGUAUUUAUUGUUCCCAUAUGUUCUUGUUUCCUUUUGUUGUUAUUGCCUCUAGUAUGAGUGUGCUUUGUUUGUAGAUUAUCUGAGAUAAUAUUAUAAAAAUCAGGAAGUUCAACAAAGAAUUUGAAGAGUCAGACAAGGUAGGGCAUGAUAGUUUUGGUUUCCUUUUGUUGUAUAUAUUUGUGUUACUGUCAUAUGAACAUGAGACUUGUGUAUCUCAUGAGAAUCAGUAUGGUCUUUAUCUCUCCAAUGGAUAUGAGUUUCCUCUCUAGCUGAAUGUGCUCAUCAUUUCAAAGUAAUAAUAUUAUGUAUUGAGGAAAAAUUAUGCUAUUUUGGUGUAAGUUUACUUUACAACAAUACAAGCCGAGUCACAAACAAAGUACAAUGGAUAUAACUCUAAUAAAGUAGAAUAAAAAAGUAAUAUUCAGUGCAUGAACAAAGUUUAAUUUGAAUGCAAAAGUGAAAUUGGAUUCAUUUUGGUCAGAAACAUAUUCAGCAGCUAAUAAAAACAUUGUCUUCUGUGUAGCAAAUUUGGUUGGAAUUAUUAGAAACAUAAACUGAUAUGUGAAAUUCAUUUUGUCUCAUUUUGUGUAACUACUUAAUUCAAAGUUGAUUAAAGCAUGGAUUCCUCUGUACUCAAUUGCAGCUACGUCAUAAGCACGUGAAGCUUCCUCUUGUGUACUUAUUUAGUGGUUAAUUUGAUAUGUUAAUGAGAUGUUAAUGAAUUAAAAUGAAAGAUAGCCAUGUCUUUAUUUGACAGUGGAAUGGAAUUGAUUGGAGAUUCUUACAAUUGACUGUGUCGACAUACUAAAUUGGUUAUGCAAGGAAUUGAUUGGAAAGAAGACAAAAAUAGAAAAUACAAGUAGCGAGAAAAUCGGAGCAAAUUGCUGAGUCAAAUAAUAGAGACAAAUGUGGAGAAAAUAGAAGUCUUGUAUAAAAUGCAUGUAUUGGAAAUUAAUAUAAUAAAGAUGAAAUAAUAUUUUAGAAUCUACUAUAAGAGCCAAGAUUCAAAUACCUUUUCUUGAAUUAGAUAGUAAUGGACAAAGUUUUUUUUGGAGUCAAUGAAGUUAACUUCUCCAUUAGGGUAACAAAGAUAUAGACCUGUGAUGUGUAAUCCGAACCAAAAUGCACGGUCAAUUGAAAAUCAAGUUCACUACAAAACAUAUUUGUUAUAUGCAGUCCAUUUUGUUGUAGUAUAAGAACCACUCAGUAUGUGUCUACCAUUUCAUCAAACUUUCCAGUUUCAAAUAUUAAGAUACAAUGGUUUUUAUCUGCUCUCGUAUUUUGUUAGUACAAUUUGUUUUCCUUUAUUCACUCUUCUCUUUCACACUUACUACUUGUUUACCUUUAAUUCACCCAAAGUGUCAUGAAUAUGAAAGCUAUGCCUUGUUGCAAUUUAAGGAAGGUUUUCACAUUGAUAAGUUUGCCUCUGUGAAUCCUCUCGGUUAUCCUAAAACAGCAUCUUGGAAUUCCAGCACAGAUUGCUGCUCAUGGGAUGGCAUUCAAUGUGAUGACCACACAAAUCAAGUGAUUCAAAUUGAUCUUAGUAGCAGCCAACUCUAUGGUACAAUGGAUGCAAACAGCAGUCUCUUCCGCCUUGUACACCUUCGAAAGCUCGAUCUUUCAGAUAAUGACUUCAAAAACUCUCAAAUCCCAUCAAGGAUAGGUGAGCUUUCACAACUAGAAUAUCUGAAACUUCUUGAUACCAAUUUUUUUGGAGAAAUUCCACCACAAAUUUCACAGCUAUCCAAGUUGUUGUUUCUUGAACUUGGCGUCCCUGUUAUAGAAAACUCUAAAGGUAUGAUAGUCAGUCAGUUGAAUCUCAAAGUAUCCACUCUCAGAAGCUUAAUUCAAAACUCAACAAAACUUGAGACACUUGGACUUGGUUUAGUGACCAUGGCAUCCACUUUACCAGACUCACUCACAAAUCUAACUUCGUUGAAACGUCUAAUUUUUUCAAAAUGUGAAUUACAUGGUGAAUUUCCAUUAGGAGUAUUUCAUCUUCCAAACUUAAAAGUUCUGGAUUUGGGAUAUAAUCCAAAUCUCAAUGGUAGAUUGCCUGAGUUUCAGUCUAGGUCACUCACCAUGUUAGGACUUGAUGGCACUAGUUUCAAUGGUACACUGCCAGUAUCCAUUGGAAAACUUAGUUCUUUAAACUCACUAUCAAUUCCACAUUGCAAUUUUUUUGGAUAUAUACCAUCUUCGUUUUCCAAUUUGACACAGCUUAUGUACAUAGACCUUAGAAACAACAAAUUUAAGGGUGACCUUUCUGCAUCAAUAGCAAAUAUUACUAAACUAGAUCACUUGGGUGUUGGUUUCAAUGAAUUUACUGUUGAUACCAUUUCAUGGAUAGGAAAGCUCACAUCAUUAGUUGCCUUGGAUAUAUCCUCAGUCAAUAUUGGUACUGACAUCCCAUUAUCUUUUGCAAAUCUCACCCAACUUGAAGUAUUAAAUGCACAAAAUUGCAAUUUAAGAGGUGAAAUUCCAUCUUGGAUAAUGAAUCUAACAAAUUUAGUUUCCAUCAACGUAGCCUAUAAUUUUUUACAUGGAAAUGUGGAGCUUAACAAGUUUUUGAAGCUCAAAAGGCUAGUUUUCCUUAGUUUAUCAUUCAACAAACUGUUAUUGUAUAGUGGGAAAAGUUCUUCGCGUAUAACCGACUCUCGAAUUCAAGUCUUAUCAUUGGAUUCAUGCAAUUUAGUUGAGAUUCCACCAUUUAUAAGAGAUCUCAGUGAUGUGGAGUUUCUAUCAUUGUCUGAAAACAAUAUACAAUCGUUACCCAAUUGGUUGUGGAAAAAAGAGAGUCUACAAGACUUAGCCGUUUCCAACAAUUCAUUGACAGGAGCUAUUUCCCCAUCCAUAUGCAAUCUCAAAUAUCUCCUAGGGCUUGAUUUAUCAUUAAACAACUUUAGCGGCAAUGUUCCCUCAUGUCUGGGGAACUUUAGCCAAUCUUUAGAAAUACUGAAGAUAAAUGGGAACAAGUUGUCUGGCCUCAUUCCUCAAACAUACAUGAUAGGAAAUGCCCUUCAGCAGAUUGAUCUCAGCAACAACAAUUUGCAGGGUCAGUUGCCAAGAGAAUUGAUUAACAGUAGAAGACUAGAGUACUUUGAUGUUAGUCAUAACAAUAUCAAUGAUUCAUUUCCAUUCUGGCUUGGAGAUUUACCUGAGUUGAAGGUAUUGGCUUUAAGUAACAAUCAAUUUCAUGGAGACAUUAGAUGCCCUGGGAACAUGACGUCAUCCACAUUUCCCAAGCUUCACAUCAUUGACCUUUCUCACAAUAAGUUCUCUGGCAGUUUUCCAUCAGAAAUGAUCCAAAGUUGGAAUACAAUGAAAACUUCUAAUACAAGUCAAUUACAGUACGAUCAAAGUUCAAAAGUCACGAGUCUCUACAAUCAAGGAAACACCGUGACAAGAGUGACAAGACAUUUGUCUUAUUCUUUCAUGAUGUCAAACAAAGGGCUACUCAUGGUUUAUGAGAAGCUUCAGGAUUUUUACAGCUUGAUAGCCAUUGAUAUUUCUAGCAACAAAAUCAGUGGAGAGAUACCACAAGUCAUAGGAGACUUGAAGGGUCUUAUUUUUUUCAACUUGUCAAAUAACGACCUUAUUGGCAACAUUCCAUCAUCCUUAGGGAAGCUUACAAACCUUGAAGCAUUGGAUCUUUCUUUCAACAAUCUUUCAGGAAAAAUUCCCCAACAGUUGACACAACUUACCUUUUUGGAAUUCUUUAAUGUCUCCUUCAAUAAUCUCUCAGGUCCUAUACCUCAGAAUGAGCAGUUUUCUACAUUCCAAGAUAAUUCAUUUCAGGGUAACCAAGGUCUGUGUGGGGAACAAUUGUUGAACAAGUGUAUAGAUCACAAAGGGCCUUCUUUUUCUCCACCUUCUGCCUCGGAUGAUGACCAUGAAUCAGAAUCUUUGUUUGAACUUUACUGGACUGUAAUUCUGAUUGGCUAUGUUGGUGGUCUUGUUGCCGGAGUGGCAUUGGGAAGCGCUUUCUACCCGGAUGUAAUUGGAUUGCUUAAAAGGGUCUUUUGAGUUGAAAACAAAAAGCCUCUCUUUUUUCUGUAUUUAUAGUUCUCAUCUGUUCUAGUUUCCUUUUUUUUUUUGUGACUACUUAUAAUAAGUUAGUGCUUUGUAUGGUAUAGUUUUUAUUUGUUCUUGUUUCCAUUUAAUUGUUGUUGUGAUUGCUUGUAAUAAGUAAGAGUGUGCUUUGAACCACUUUUUGGUGUUUCAAUGAGGUUGAAUCUCAUUGCCAAAAGUAUAAUUGUAAUGGUUUAUUUGAAUUGUAUUA